UCUGAGCGCGGCAAGUGGUGCACAAAUACUGCUGCUGACUUGCAAGACUUUGUUUGUUAUAAUAUUGAGUCGAAGUAUUUAAUGUCGAAUAAAAAUUAACUGAAUUGAUUUGCAAUUUUGUUUGUUUACAAUCUACGAAAAUCAACACGCGUUUGCUUUAUAUGGUGUAAAGUGUGAAUUUGCAAUAAUUCUACGGCUGUUGAAAGAUUCGCAUUGAAAAGUAAACAAAUGCUGAAGUUGAAAGAAAAAUGAUUUUUUUAAGCGGAGGCACAUUUUAAUAAAUGAAUGAGUAAAAAAGCAAACAAAAAGAUAUUUGUAUGAACGAAAUGAUUUUAUAGUGAUUUUUAUAUUAUUGAUAUAAUGGAAAAAAUAAUUUGUGUUAAUGCAAUAAAAAACUCGAAAUAAUUUUUUUAAUGUCUCUACCAUAAAAUAUUAAAUAAAAAACGUAAAACUAAAUGCUGUUCGAACAGAUUUGUUAAAUUGCUUAAAUAAACUCGAAUGCUAUUAUAAAAUACAAGAGUUCGGUCUAAGAAAAAUAUAACAAGUUAAAGAAUUUUAAAUGCAAAACUGAGUUUUGAUUUUGCUGAACCUCAGUGCAAAACCAUUGUGCAAACUAAAAUCGUGCAUAAUUUAUAUGAUUUUUUACGUUAAAAAAGUUGUACAUUAUAUGUUUUUAAAUAAAAAAUUAAGUGUCUUUACGAUUAAGAAGACUUCUUCGUAUAUGUAACAGAAAUUGACCAACGUCAACGUUAUAAGUAAAGUGGGUUUUAGUAUUCGUAGCAAUAAAAAUUCUAUUUUAAAAUGUUUCACGCACGAAUCCAGAACAACUUGCUACUCUGCGCACUUCUAUUUCACAUUGCUCACCCUGUGUUAACGCAACGGACCGUAUUAGAUGUAUCUUUUCGUGACUUGUAUCGGCCGUUACGUUUGCUUGGCUUGAAUUUGGCCGGUCGUUCAGGUGACAAUCCCAAUAAUCGACAACUUGUGCGUGAUAUGGGCAAAACCCAAAACCUCAAUACACGCGCUCGUUCGCUCGUAAACUUUUGCGAUGCUCUAAAUGGACCUGGCAAGCGCAGUGAAACUCGUCCUACUUCGGUACACCGCUUACGUCCUGGUGACAUAGACAUUAUAGGCGCAAUGGGCGAUUCACUUACAGCCGGCAAUGGCAUUUUUGCCUCUAAUUUGUUGCAUGUUACGGUCGAGAAUCGUGGCAUGGUCUGGAGUAUUGGUGGUCAAGGUACUUGGCGGCAGUAUUUGACGCUACCAAAUAUACUCAAAGAAUUUAAUCCGAAUUUGUAUGGAUAUUCGCUGAAAGAUGGACUCUCCACCGAUCGAAGUUCAAAAUUCAAUGUCGCUGAGUUGGGUGCCAUGUCACGCGAUAUUCCCUACGAAGCACAAGUUCUUGUCAAACGUAUCUCACGUGACCCCAAAGUAAACAUGACUGCCGAUUGGAAACUUAUCACGCUUCUCAUUGGCAAUAAUGAUUUUUGUUCUGAUGUUUGCUAUCUGCCUCGGCCAGAGGAUGCAAUUAAAAGCCAUGAAGAGAAUAUGGUGAAGACAUAUCGUUAUUUACGUGACAACGUGCCACGUCUAAUGCUGAACGUUGUGCCAUCGCCGAAAUUGGAUUUUCUAAUUGGUCUUAGUCGAAAAAGUCCAGCCUGUCACACUACUUUAACAUUUGAAUGCCCAUGCUUGGUGGGCAAGCCCAAGCAGUAUGUGGCGAGGAUGAAGAAAUUGAUGAAAGCGUGGAUUGAGAAGGACAAAGAGAUAGUGAAUAGGGAUGAAUUUAAUUCGGAGACAUUCACUAUCAACCUACAACCUUUCACACUGUUCGAUGAUUUCUUUCCUGCAAGCGAUGAUUCGGUUAAAUUCAAAUUUCUGUCGGAGGAUUGCUUCCACUUGAGCCAGCGUGGGCACGCGAUCAGUGCCAAUUAUUACUGGAAUAAUUUGUUGGAAGAAAACGGCCAGAAGAGCAUAAUGACAGAACCAACGCUGAUGAAGAAUUUUCAUUGCCCGACAGAGGAACGACCUUAUCUGAUGACACGCGUCAAUAGCCGCAAAGAUUUUCAGGUGUGACUUUGAGCGGAGUGUCACGUUUUGGCGUUUGCUAAGAAAAAAAAAACGUAUAUUAAUUUAUUAACGUCUGUGAUAAUUUAGAUAUUUAGCCAAUAGUUGCUUAGUCAUACCUAAUUAGUUACAUAUAGAUUCAUAGAAAUGUAUGAAGCAGAUAUGUACAUUUGUAUUGUAAUUUAUGUAAAAUAGAUCGUGAUAUUUGUAAAUUAUA